UGCGGUUACCGAGCUACCGCGGCUUGUUGCUAUUCAUUCCGUUCCGUACCCACAGGAACCCUUUCUUUGAAAAAAAAUUGGCCUUCGGUCUCUGGGUGCAAAGAGACAAAGAGAUGCCCACAGGCGAAAACGGGCCCCAGGGUCCGACAGUAAGCCCCAAAGGGCCAUUCCCUCUGGGGCCGUUCCCACGGCACAUCUGGAUCCACCACAACACUCCUCAGGACAGCUUGGACAAAGCUUGCCACGACAUCUGGAAGAGGGUUCAAGGUCUCUCUGAAGAUCUCCAGCCUACAUCACCACUGUUCCUCCAGCCUACCGGCCCCCCAGAGCCGCCAGAGCCCCUCAGGGUCUCCCAAGAAUCCUUGGAACAGAACUGUGUCAAAGAUGAAAUUUCUCUUCUGGUGGAACAGGAAUACUUGAGCCUUACACAGGAGACCAUUAAUGAGACAGAAAUGCAAGGUUCAGAGGAAGGCAAGAAAACAGACUUUACCUUAAGUCAGACAGCUUCAAACAGCAGCCUGAUUCCACCUUCCAACAGGGACCAGUUACUAGAUGAAACAGAAGGAGUGGAAAGUGUGUACAAAGCCAUGAUUGGAAGCAAAGAAAGGGAGAGGAAGCUAAGAGCUCUCUGUGAUGCACAGCUGUCUACAAAAGCCACCAUCGCGGAGAGUUCACGCCUUGCAAAAUGCAGCAGCAAGAACUCAAAAGGGGUGGACAAUGGCAUCACUAACAUAGAAGCGUCUAACCUAGAGAUCAGUAAGUUACUGGUGCAGUUUCCAGUGAAGCACACGGAGACCGCCAAAGCUCCCGACAAGCAGCUAGUGGCAGAGAAAGCCAAGACGGUCAAGGACUUCCUACAAAAUAGCAAACUCAGCUCCCUCGGCCAGAAGGAGAGCGCAGCAGCAACCCCUUUAACCACCACAACCGUGGAAAGUCAAGCUCCAGGACAGAAGAAGCAGAUCCUAGGGCUUUCCAAGAUCUGCCCGAAGACCAACCCUGAUUUAGUGGCUGAGGCGCUACAGACUCCAGUAACUACCGCACCAUCAGACAAAAACAGCUUUAAAUACAGUGGAAGCAUUUUCGCACCACGUUUCCCUACCAAUUCAACAACUGCGACGUUAAACCACCCUUUUUGGCUUAACCUUAACUUUCCUCCACCUCCCAUCUUUCCAAACCAUUCGGGUUUCCCACAGUUCCAGGGCUUGUAUCAUCAGAGAAUGCGGAUGCCAUAUCAGCAGACUAUACACCCUUCUCUAGGAUGCUAUUCAAGACAGGUAACUCCUUACAAUCCACAGCACCUUUUUCGGUCACCUUACACCCCUCUAUUGAACUAUGUCCCUCUGGUCCAUCCCAAUUAUUCAUACCAGCAGAGGAACCUCCUCAAGCCAUCUAGCAAUAUACGUGAUCCACCAGCAAUGGCAGGUGAUGGACCGCAGUAUCAAUUCCCUCAUUUAUACGGGUUUAAUUCUACGCUGGGUGGACCUCUGAGGACUAAUCCAUAUUUCUCUUCUGUGAGUGGUAUAAACUUUUGA